UGCCGGGUGAGCUCAAUGAAUGGGACCUUAAUUGACAUUGUUAGCGGUGACGUCACGCUUCCUCAUCCUCCUCGGCGCAGCCGCGCGGACUCGUUUCCUCUUUUCUCAACAAACGCCUACUUCCUCCCCCCCCCUUGCGCUCCACCGUGGCGUCGACAAAGCCGAUUAUUUUCCGGACGACAUCUUGAGCAGGUUGGAAUAGGCCAAACGCCAGUCGCUCGAGGUGUGGAUGAUCGUCCUGCAACUUUCGAGAAAGAGCCGCGAGAGCACCGUAAGCCGCCAUGCCGCCACCCGCCGACACCCUCAAGGUGGCCAUCGAGUGGCCGGGGGCCUUCCCCAAGCUCAUGGAGAUUGACCAGAAAAAGCCGCUCUCGGCCAUCAUCAAAGAGCUGGUCUCUGGGGAAUCAUGAAAAUUUUGCACUGCAAAUUGCAGACGCCACCAAUUUCUACAUCACUGAAAAGAAUCGCAACGACAUCAAGAACGGCUCCAUCCUGCGCUUGACCACCUCACCUUACCAGACGGCGCUGCAGCUCCACGAGCGCAUCCAGUCGUCCAGUAUGGACGCCAAGCUGGAGGCGCUGAAGGACCUGGCCAGCGCCUCACGCGACAUCACCUUCGCCUUGGACUUCAUCAACAUGGACGGCAUCUCGCUGCUCACCCAGAUGGUGGAGAGCGGCACCGAGCGCUAUCAGAAACUCCAGAAGAUUAUGAAGCCCUGUUUCGGCGACCUGCUUUCGUUCACGCUCACGGCCUUCGUGGAGCUGAUGGACCACGGCAUCGUCUCCUGGGACACUUUCUCCGUGGCCUUCAUCAAGAAGAUCGCCGGCUACGUCAACAAGGCGGCCAUGGAUACGGCCGUGCUACAGCGCUCGCUGGCCAUCCUGGAGUCCAUGGUGCUCAACAGCCAAGACCUCUACCACAAGGUGGCGCAGGAGAUCACCAUCGGGCAGCUCAUCCCGCACCUGCAGGGGACAGAUCAGGACAUCCAGACCUACACCAUCGCCGUCAUCAAUGCGCUCUUCCUCAAAGCUCCCGAGGAAAGGAGACAAGAGAUGGCGCACAUCUUGGCCCAGAAGCAACUGCGCUCCAUCAUCCUCAGCAACGUGAUCCGGAGCCCGAUGCCCAUCAACGACGAGAUGGCGCACCAACUGUACGUCCUGCAGGUUCUCACCUUCAACCUGCUGGAGGACCGCAUGAUGACCAAGAUGGACCACCAGGACCAGGCUCAACGGGACAUCAUCUUCGAGCUCCGCCGGAUUGCCUUCGACAUGGACUGCGAGUCCAACAACGGCAGCAGCACAGAGAAGCGCAAGUCCAUGUACACGCGCGACUAUAAGAAGCUCGGAUUCAUCAACCACGUGAACCCGGCUGUGGAUUUCACACAGAUUCCUCCCGGGAUGUUGGCGCUGGACAACAUGCUGUACUUUGCCAGGCACCACCAGGAUGCCUACAUCAGGAUCGUUCUGGAGAACAGCAGUCGAGAAGACAAGCACGAGUGUCCGUUCGGGCGCAGCAGUAUCGAACUUACGAAGAUGCUCUGCGAGAUCCUCAAAGUCGGCGAGCUGCCCGGCGAAAACUGCCACGACUUUCACCCCAUGUUCUUCACGCACGACCGCUCCUUCGAGGAGUUCUUCUGCAUCUGCAUCCAACUGCUCAACAAGACCUGGAAGGAGAUGCGGGCCACCAACGAAGACUUCAACAAAGUCAUGCAGGUGGUGCGGGAGCAGAUCAUGAGAGCAUUGACGCUGAAGCCUAACUCGCUGGACCAGUUCAAGAGCCGCCUGCAGAACCUGAGCUACGCCGAGAUCCUCAAGAUACGACAGUCGGAGAGGAUGAAUCAGGAGGACUUCCAGUCCCGACCCAUCCUGGAGCUGAGGGAGAAGAUCCAGCCGGAGAUUAUGGAGCUGAUCAAACAGCAGAGGCUCAAUCGACUAUGUGAAGGGACGUGCUUCAGGAAGAUCAGCAGUCGCAGGAGACAAGACAAAUUCUGGUACUGCCGGCUUUCCCCCAACCACAAGGUCUUGCACUACGGGGACCUUGAGGAGAGUCCCCAAGGGGAGGUACCCCACGACUCUCUGCAGGACAAAUUGCCCGUGGCGGAUAUCAAGGCGGUCAUCACGGGAAAAGACUGUCCUCACAUGAAAGAGAAGGGCGCUCUCAAGCAGAACAAGGAGGUGCUGGAGUUGGCCUUCUCCAUCCUAUACGAGUCGGAUGAGUAUUUAAACUUUAUUGCCCCGGACAAGCACGAGUACUGCGUCUGGACUGAUGGUCUGAACGCACUUCUGGGCAAGGAGAUGACCAGUGACUACACCAAAUCCGACAUGGACACGCUGCUCUCCAUGGAGAUGAAGCUCCGCCUGCUGGACCUGGAGAACAUCCAGAUCCCCGAAGCCCCGCCCCCUAUUCCCAAAGAGCCCAGCAACUAUGACUUUGUUUACGAUUGUAACUAGCUUAGCUUAGCCCUGAUGUAUUCACUGGAUCACCCCCCCCCCUUCUUCCUUAAAACUGGACUAUUUCAAGAACUGUGAUUUUUUUUUCCUUGUUGCUAUGGAGACCACAAGAAACCUGGAAGGGACUUCAACUCAAGAAACUCUUGGAGUUCUUUUUUGUUUUUGUAUGAUUUGUCCUCAGGGCUUCUGUGCAGGGAGGUUUGGCCAUGUUAGUUGAAGUCCACUUAUUUCCUGUCACAACGACACAAGUUUCGCCAUGUUUGUGGCAGCUAAAUGUUUUUUCCCCACACCAUGAGAAGUACUUUUAACACACACAAAAAAAAAUCUCACUUCUUGUCCACUCAAGACUGUUAGAACUUUCCCCCACCCCUUUGUCGCAAAAUCACCGACUGACUGCUGUACACCACAUUCCUGAGCAAUAUUGAGUUUAUCAUUCAGUUUUUAUUUCUUGAAUUGUGAUGCUGUUGCAAAAGUUUUUUGGGUGGUGGAAAAGGGAAGCUAUUAUGUUCUUUCAAAGUUAGUUUUUUUUUUUUUUAAACAAACGGAUAAUGGUUGUGAUUUCUAGUAUGAUUUAUAUUAGAUGUAUAUAUUUUAAAAAAUACAGUAUUUCCAAACCCCUACACCAGGGGUGCCUCAAGUCCGGUCCUCGAGGGCCCCGAUCCAGCCUGUUUUAGAUCACCCUCUUCCAACACACCUGAUUGAAAUGAUCAGAAUCGUAAAUUUAGGCUUCUCAGAGCUUGCCGAUGAGCUGAUCAUUUGAAUGAUGUGUUUGAGGAGGGAGACAUCUCAAAUAGGCUGGUCCAGCCGGGUUCUUCAGGACUGGACUUGGGCACCGCCCCCGACACUCACGCCUCCCAAUCCCUUCCUAUUUAAGACCGUCAUCACCUUUUGUCUUUAGGAUUUUUCAAAGCCCCACAAAACUGCUGUUUACAUUAAACGUUGAAAGGUACAA